AUGCCUUCUCGACCCAGCUUACCAUCCCACGAUGUCUUUGUCAAAGACCUUGUGAUAUCUGUCGCCCCAUGCUCAGCAGACAACUACUGCCCGAUAUGCAAAGAAGAAUAUGACGAAAAUCACCUCCCCACCCUUCUCCAACCCUGCGGUCACAUCUUCGGAAAACAAUGUAUACAUUCGUGGUUUACUAAGGGCAUUAAUAUAUGUUUGGAUAGAAACCAGCUCUUCGCCUCAUAUACGUAUACCGAGAAAGACGAAACUGGGCCGUCACCUCCAGUUGGUGAAGCUUCAACCCAACGAAACAGCACCAGGUUUAGCAAUGCGAGAAAAAGCGAAGUCUUCCGUGGAAGGAGUCGGAGUAUGAGUUAUCUACUGUGUCUCAGCGGCGAGAUCAUUGCAGUAGAUGGUUACGUAACACCCAACGGCUGUCGUCGCCUGGUGCGCGAUCUCUGGUACCAAAUUGGUGUUUUAUUCGAACGCUUGCUGAUUCACCCUGACGAGCUUGAUCCUCUCUCUGCAAGCGAUGAUGAGAUCCGUAGCUCUAUUCUCGACGCACUACCACGAGGUAUUCAUGUUGAUGAAACAGCAUGGCCGGCAAUGGCACAUGUAGCGAGGAUCAUGUUGAAUCGCUAUAGUGUGGCAUAUGCAGAGAGAUUUGAGGCGAGGAUGACGGUUGAGGACGCAAUGAGCUAG